CGGCUACCACGGCGAUAGCCGUCUCGGCAACACGACGUCCAGCUGUGCAAGCAGCUCGAGCAAAAGGUACAUAAGGAGGCCCUCAGAGCACCCCAGCCUCGUCUCAUCACCAAGCCAAGGUUCUCUCCUCGCCGCACAUCCUUUCAUCCCAACACAAGCCCUCUCCGCCCACCAACUCUUCCCCCAAGCCAAACAUGCGCUUCUCUGCCAUCAUCUUCGCCUCUGCCCUGGUGGCCCUCGUCGCUGCGGCCCCGCUGCCGUCGCCGGACGACGUCGUGACCACGGUCGGCAAGACGGUCAAGGGCGUGAGUGGCCGAGCGAGAUGCGAGCUUGCAGCCCGUGCUGACCGCGCCUCACGACAGCUCGAGGACGGCCUUGAGGAGGUGAGUGGCAGCCAGGCUGCAGACGAGGCACACCGCGCUGACGCUACGGCCCUCCAGACCAUCGGCGCUGCCAAGCGUGCCGCGCCCGGUGACAUCCAGACCGUCGGCGAGGGCAUUGCGAAGAUCGAGGAGGGCCUCGGCGUCACGGCCACCGAGGAGCUGCUCGACGAGCUGAGCGGCGGCGCCAUCACCAAGAUCGAGGAUGCCGUCGGCGUCGACACGCUCGACAAGGCGCUCGGCCUCGAGUAAAGGCAGCCGCGUCGCCCCCGCCUUCUCUGCGCCCACGGAUCGCUUCCUCUGGCCUGCGCGGCGCUCCUCUUCGCCCGACGCGGCCUUGUCCCUUUGCUCGCACCCCUGCUACCCCUACUGACUGCUACCGCUAUCUGCCGCGAAUCUAAUGAUGCCCACCACGAGUGUAGUUGCAGCGAGGUGCGACGGCGGACGAGGCGGA